GAAGUUAAAGGAAAAUUCCAACCCCAAAAAACAAUAUUUUUGAUAUUUGAUUCAUUAGUUCAUUGCUGACAAGCAAAACAUUUUGGGACUGUCACCAAUCCAGUUUUCAAGAUACGUAACUUUCAAAAUGUCAGCUCAAAACGCAGGUGUAAAACGCAGUUUAUUUCUGUAUCUUGUCGUUUGAAAACGCAUCACCAUUUAUGGCUGUAAUGACAGGCUACAUUUGCGCAGUGAUUGUGUCGGGGGUCGCCUGUUUGAAAACCGCUGAGCUCGCGAACAGUUGGCUAAUUUGCUGUACAGCUAUAGAAAUGGGUGCAGCGCAAACGUGAAAUUGAAGGGAGAGGUGACUGCCAUAGAUGAAUAUGGAGACUCCAGAAAUGGUUUGGUGAUGAAGGGAGAGGUGACUGCCAUAGAUGAAUAUUGAGACUCCAGAAAUGGUUUGGUGAUGAAGGGAGAGGUGACUGCCAUCGAUGAAUAUGGAGACUCCAGAAAUGGUUUGGUGAUGAAGGGAGAGGUGACUGCCAUCGAUGAAUAUGGAGACUCCAGAAAUGGUUUGGUGAUGAAGGGAGAGGUGACUGCCAUAGAUGAAUAUGGAGACUCCAGAAAUGGUUUGGUGAUGAAGGGAGAGGUGACUGCCAUAGAUGAAUAUGGAGACUCCAGAAAUGGUUUGGUGAUGAAGGGAGAGGUGACUGCCAUAGAUGAAUAUGGAGACUCCAGAAAUGGUUUGGUGAUGAAGGGAGAGGUGACUGCCAUAGAUGAAUAUGGAGACUCCAGAAAUGGUUUGGUGAUGAAGGGAGAGGUGACUGCCAUAGAUGAAUAUGGAGACUCCAGAAAUGGUUUGGUGAUGAAGGGAGAGGUGACUGCCAUAGAUGAACAUGGAGACUCCAGAAAUGGUUUGGUGAUGAAGGGAGAGGUGACUGCCAUAGAUGAAUAUGGAGACUCCAGAAAUGGUUUGGUGAUGAAGGGAGAGGUGACUGGCAUAGAUGAAUAUGGAGACUCCAGAAAUGGUUUGGUGAUGAAGGGAGAGGUGACUGCCAUAGAUGAAUAUGGAGACUCCAGAAAUGGUUUGGUGAUGAAGGGAGAGGUGACUGCCAUAGAUGAAUAUGGAGACUCCAGAAAUGGUUUGGUGAUGAAGGGAGAGGUGACUGCCAUAGAUGAAUAUGGAGACUCCAGAAAUGGUUUGGUGAUGAAGGGAGAGGUGACUGCCAUCGAUGAAUAUGGAGACUCCAGAAAUGGUUUGGUGAUGAAGGGAGAGGUGACUGCCAUCGAUGAAUAUGGAGACUCCAGAAAUGGUUUGGUGAUGAAGGGAGAGGUGACUGCCAUAGAUGAACAUGGAGACUCCAGAAAUGGUUUGGUGAUGAAGGGAGAGGUGACUGCCAUAGAUGAAUAUGGAGACUCCAGAAAUGGUUUGGUGAUGAAGGGAGAGGUGACUGCCAUAGAUGAACAUGGAGACUCCAGAAAUGGUUUGGUGAUGAAGGGAGAGGUGACUGCCAUCGAUGAAUAUGGAGACUCCAGAAAUGGUUUGGUGAUGAAGGGAGAGGUGACUGCCAUCGAUGAAUAUGGAGACUCCAGAAAUGGUUUGGUGAUGAAGGGAGAGGUGACUGCCAUCGAUGAAUAUGGAGACUCCAGAAAUGGUUUGGUGAUGAAGGGAGAGGUGACUGCCAUCGAUGAAUAUGGAGACUCCAGAAAUGGUUUGGUGAUGAAGGGAGAGGUGACUGCCAUCGAUGAAUAUGGAGACUCCAGAAAUGGUUUGGUGAUGAAGGGAGAGGUGACUGCCAUCGAUGAAUAUGGAGACUCCAGAAAUGGUUUGGUGAUGAAGGGAGAGGUGACUGCCAUCGAUGAAUAUGGAGACUCCAGAAAUGGUUUGGUGAUGAAGGGAGAGGUGACUGCCAUCGAUGAAUAUGGAGACUCCAGAAAUGGUUUGGUGAUGAAGGGAGAGGUGACUGCCAUAGAUGAAUAUGGAGACUCCAGAAAUGGUUUGGUGAUGAAGGGAGAGGUGACUGCCAUCGAUGAAUAUGGAGACUCCAGAAAUGGUUUGGUGAUGAAGGGAGAGGUGACUGCCAUAGAUGAAUAUGGAGACUCCAGAAAUGGUUUGGUGAUGAAGGGAGAGGUGACUGCCAUAGAUGAAUAUGGAGACUCCAGAAAUGGUUUGGUGAUGAAGGGAGAGGUGACUGCCAUAGAUGAACAUGGAGACUCCAGAAAUGGUUUGGUGAUGAAGGGAGAGGUGACUGCCAUAGAUGAACAUGGAGACUCCAGAAAUGGUUUGGUGAUGAAGGGAGAGGUGACUGCCAUAGAUGAAUAUGGAGACUCCAAAAAUGGUUUGGUGAUGAAGGGAGAGGUGACUGCCAUAGAUGAAUAUGAAGACUCCAAAAAUGGUUUGGUGAUGAAGUAUAUGAACCGUUUACGUUGCUCCCCAGCAAUGGGGCAUCAAGCAUCACUUACUAACACAGGACUAUUGGUGUUUUUCUAUGUCGAAAUUACUUUAAAUGUAUAAUUGACUUUAAAUGUAUCAUUGACUUAAGAAGCUUGGAUUUGGAAUUUGUUGAAAUGAAUUAUUACAUCAUAACAAUGUGUUGUAGACAAAAGAAAAAAGGUCUGUCUAGUAGCCUCAAUAAAUAAACAAAGAUUUGUAAUUGAAUAAAUC